UUUCACUCCGUUUAUCACUUCAGAAAGACCUGAAGCGUUUCAUCAGGUCCACCUGCCUGAAAAGGUGAAGCUGGCCCCACUGGUGCUCGUGGCCCUGAGGGUGCUCAAGGCUCCCGAGGGGAACCUGGAAGCUCUGGCUCUCCUGGACCUGCAGGAGCUCCAGGCAAUCCUGGAACUGAUGGAAUCCCUGGUGCCAAAGGAUCAGCAGGUGCUCCUGGCAUUGCUGGUGCUCCUGGUUUCCCUGGCCCACGUGGCCCACCUGGGCCUCAAGGUGCAACUGGGCCUUUGGGUCCCAAAGGGAGAGCCCGGAAUUGCAGGCUUCAAAGGUGAACAAGGUCCCAAGGGCGAACCUGGCCCAUCAGGCCCACAAGGACCUCCUGGAGCAGCUGGUGAAGAAGGCAAGAGAGGUGCCCGUGGUGAGCCAGGAGGUGCAGGGCCAAUUGGACCACCUGGAGAGAGGGGUGCUCCCGGAAAUCGUGGCUUCCCAGGUCAGGAUGGAUUAGCUGGGCCCAAGGGUGCUCCUGGGGAACGUGGACCUCCAGGCCUUGGGGGUCCCAAAGGAGCCAAUGGUGACCCUGGACGUCCUGGAGAGCCUGGCUUGCCUGGUGCUAGGGGUCUCACUGGUCGCCCUGGUGAUGCUGGCCCUCAAGGCAAAGUUGGUCCACCUGGUGCCUCUGGUGAAGAUGGACGACCUGGCCCCCCUGGUCCACAAGGUGCUCGUGGUCAGCCUGGUGUCAUGGGUUUUCCAGGCCCAAAAGGUGCUAAUGGUGAAGCUGGUAAAGCUGGUGAGAAAGGACUUCCUGGUGCUCCUGGUCUGAGAGGUCUUCCUGGCAAAGAUGGUGAGACAGGAGCAGGUGGGCCACCAGGACCAGCUGGGCCCGCAGGCGAAAGAGGCGAGCAGGGUGCCCCAGGACCUUCUGGAUUCCAAGGACUUCCAGGUCCCCCAGGUCCUCCAGGUGAAAAUGGAAAACCAGGUGACCAGGGUGUUCCUGGAGAGGCUGGUGCUGCUGGUCUUGUUGGUCCUCGAGGUGAGCGUGGCUUCCCAGGUGAACGUGGAUCUCCAGGUGCCCAAGGCUUGCAAGGUCCUCGUGGGCUUCCCGGCACUCCUGGUACCGAUGGACCCAAAGGUGCAUUGGGUCCUGCUGGUGCCCCUGGAGCUCAAGGCCCUCCAGGUCUUCAGGGAAUGCCUGGUGAGAGAGGAGCUGCAGGUAUUGCUGGACCAAAGGGAGACAGGGGUGAUAUUGGCGAGAAGGGUCCAGAAGGCGCUCCUGGCAAAGAUGGCGGCCGAGGUUUGACUGGUCCCAUUGGCCCUCCUGGCCCUGCUGGCGCCAAUGGAGAGAAGGGUGAAUCUGGUCCUGCUGGCCCAUCUGGUGCUGCUGGUGCUCGUGGUGCCCCUGGUGACCGUGGUGAAGCUGGUCCUCCUGGCCCUGCUGGAUUUGCUGGUCCUCCUGGUGCUGAUGGACAGCCUGGUGCUAAAGGAGAGCAUGGUGAAUCUGGCCAGAAGGGAGAUGCUGGGGCCCCAGGCCCACAAGGCCCAUCUGGUGCUCCUGGUCCACAGGGUCCAAAUGGUGUGACUGGUCCAAAGGGAGCACGUGGUGCACAGGGACCCCCGGGUGCUACUGGAUUCCCAGGCGCAGCAGGACGAGUUGGACCCCCAGGCCCCAAUGGCAAUCCUGGUCCCCCAGGCCCACCGGGAUCAGCUGGUAAAGAUGGUCCCAAGGGUGCUCGUGGUGAUGGAGGCCCAACUGGGCGUGCUGGUGAUCCUGGUUUGCAAGGCCCUGCUGGUCCCCCAGGCGAGAAGGGAGAACCUGGAGAAGAUGGCCCUUCUGGUGCUGAUGGCCCACCUGGACCUCAAGGCUUGGCAGGUCAGAGAGGUAUUGUUGGUCUCCCAGGUCAGCGUGGUGAGAGAGGCUUCCCCGGUCUGCCUGGGCCUUCGGGUGAGCCUGGUAAGCAAGGAGCUUCUGGAGGUCCUGGUGACAGAGGCCCACCUGGCCCCGUUGGCCCGCCAGGUCUGACAGGUCCUGCUGGCGAGGCUGGACGUGAGGGCAAUCCUGGUUCAGAUGGUCCCCCAGGCAGAGAUGGCUCCCCCGGAGUGAAGGGUGAUCGCGGUGAAUCUGGUCCUGUUGGUGGUCCUGGUGCUCCCGGCCCACCUGGCUCUCCAGGUCCUGUUGGUCCAACUGGCAAACAAGGAGACAGAGGCGAAGCAGGUGCUCAAGGUCCACUGGGUCCUCCUGGUGCUGCAGGCGCACGUGGCAUGCCUGGACCACAAGGUCCUCGUGGUGACAAGGGUGAAGCUGGCGAGGCAGGAGAGCGAGGUCUGAAGGGUCACAGAGGAUUCACCGGUCUGCAGGGUCUUCCUGGGCCUCCUGGCACUUCUGGAGAUCAAGGUGCUGCAGGUCCUGCUGGUCCUUCCGGUCCCAGGGGUCCCCCAGGCCCUGUUGGCCCCUCUGGCAAAGAUGGCUCUAACGGGAUGUCUGGCCCCAUUGGUCCUCCAGGUCCUCGUGGUCGUAGUGGAGAAACUGGCCCAGCUGGUCCUCCUGGAAACCCCGGACCCCCUGGUCCCCCUGGCCCACCUGGAACUGGCAUUGACAUGUCAGCCUUUGCUGGCCUGGGUCAGACAGAGAAAGGCCCUGACCCUAUGCGUUACAUGCGGUCUGACCAGGCUUCUAGCAACCUGCGGCAGCAUGAUGUUGAGGUUGAUGCCACCCUAAAGUCACUCAACAACCAGAUUGAAAGCAUCCGAAGCCCGGAGGGCAGUAGGAAGAACCCAGCUCGUACCUGCCGUGACCUGAAACUCUGCCACCCUGAAUGGAAGAGUGGUGACUAUUGGAUUGAUCCCAACCAGGGCUGCACUUUGGACGCCAUAAAGGUUUUCUGCAAUAUGGAGACUGGAGAGAGCUGUGUUUACCCCAAGCCCAGCAGCAUUCCCAAGAAGAACUGGUGGACAAGCAAGAGCAAGGAGAAGAAGCACAUCUGGUUCGGAGAGACUAUCAAUGGAGGUUUUCACUUUAGCUAUGGAGAUGAGAAUCUGGCUCCUAACACUGCCAACAUCCAGAUGACCUUCCUGCGCCUCUUGUCUACUGAAGGCUCACAAAACCUCACCUACCACUGCAGGAACAGCAUUGCCUACAUGGACGAGGCUUCUGGGAACCUUAAGAAAGCUCUCCUGAUACAGGGAUCUAACGAUGUGGAGAUUAGAGCGGAGGGCAAUAGCAGGUUUACGUAUAGUGCCUUGCAGGAUGGCUGCACGAAACACACUGGCAAAUGGGGGAAGACAGUCAUUGAAUACCGAUCUCAGAAGACCUCACGCCUGCCCAUUGUUGACAUUGCACCUAUGGACAUUGGUGGAGCCGAUCAGGAAUUUGGUGUUGAUAUUGGCCCAGUGUGCUUUUUAUAAAAGAAAAUAAUUAAAAAUUACUAUUUUUUUAAAAAACCAGUCCAUUACCAUACAAAACCAACCCAAGGACUUCCCAAUCACUUGUAGGACUUUCUGCACUGAACAGUUGAACUAACACCCCCCUUUCCUUCCCCAAAUUCCACCCAUCCCCACGCUUACAUUUUGGACUCUCUCUGUCUAUCAGUUUCCGAGGCCACCAUCACUUGGGCAGACCACAAAGCAAGUGAAGGAGAAAAAGAAAAAAGGAACAACAAAUAAUGGUAUUAUUUAUUUAUUGUCUUCCUGUAAGACCUUUCUGGGGUCAGGUGGAGGUAGGAAGCUAUCUAGCAUGCAUGAAGGGUCCCUCCUCUCCAAAGUGCUGAUGUCCCAAAUACAGGUUGUAGCCAGUUCUCCCCCCUCCCAUCCCCACCCAACCCUGGGUGUGUAACACAAACAAGAUUACUGUGUAUAAUACUAAAAAUGGUGCUAUUAUUGUAAAACAAGUCUGUAUUUUUUAACAUCAAUUGAUUAUAAAAACCUUUGUUGGAAAGUUCAAGUUGAUCUGAUUUUUGUUGUUUUUG